GCUGCGGGACAGCUGUCACGGCGCGAAAUCUCAAACCACCUCGGUGCUGGAAGAAGCGGGAGGGAGAGUCUUUGACCCGCCGGAGGGAGAAGAGCCGAGGAGCCCAGCCGCCGGAGGGACAGUCUUUGACCAGCCAGCCGCAGCGCUCGUUUUUCCGCGGCGAGUCCCGGGUUUUAGCCCCAGAGAGGACCGACGUUCCCGGCGGACUACAAUGAGUGUGACCGCGGCUCAGCAGCAGGUUGAUGUGAUUCCUGUUGUGGCCCAGGCGGAACCAGAGAGCGACUCAGACAGCGGGAUGGGCUCCCCAGCCGAGGAGAUGGUCACCCAGACGGUCAGCAUGAUGGACAAGCCUGCAGAUUCUGAUGACGAUGGAGACAUCACAGCUCACAGGAGGCCUCGUCGGAACGCCAUCAGAGACAGCGACAGCGAGGAAGAGGAGGCGGCGUCGGCGAACCGCGUCAGCGAGGUGGAGGCGUUGCUACUGUCUGCCUCCAGUGGGGAGGAGGGGGAGACGGCGGGGAACGACAGAGAAGGCCAAAAGAAGAAGAGCAGGAUAAGCCUGCCAGCUGAGAGUGAAGACGGUGAGGAAGAGGAGGAGGUGAAAGUGAAGAAGGACAGGAAGAAAAGGGAGAAGAGCCAGAGACGCAGAGAGAAGAAGGAGAAGUGCAGCAAGGCGGUGGAAAGACUGAAGAAGAGGGAGAGAUUCCCAGAAGGAGAUGAGGAAGCCCCUCUGCCGCCGCCUCUGAACGACAGCGGGUGUCUGCUGGGCGACACCGACCUGUUUGACACGGGGCUGGACGACGAAGAAGAGGAGGAGUCUCUGGACGCUAUCCGAGACCGAGUCAAACAAAAGAUGAAGAAACACAAGGUGCAGAGAAGAUCUGGAGAUCCUGAAGCGGAACCCUGUCUGAACGAGGAGGAAGACGAAGAGGCUCCAGAGAAGCGCCAGCGUGUCGAGAGGAAAGCUGCCCGUGCCAGCAAAGAGGUCAUGAAGCAGCUGCACAGCGAGUCCCAGAGGCUGGUCAGAGAGUCCACCCUCGGCCUGCCGUAUCACAUCCCCGAGCCCAAGACCAUUGACCAGUUCUUCAAGAGGAGAGCCCGUCCAGAGGGGCCGGCCAUGGCCUUGUUGAAAUCUACAAAGUACUCAGAGGUGAUGCUGGAGAUGCCACCGGUUCCUCCACUCGCCUCCACUCAGCCGUCCACAGAGCAGGAUCCUCCUCCCCCUCUGGACGCCUGCUCUGGUCAGAUCCAGCCUCUACCUGAGUCUGCAACCACAUCCUCCCCUCAGCAGGAGAACCUCAGCCAGGGUCCAGAUGCUGACCAGGGAUCAGAACCGCUACUCUACCUCUCAGAGAGUCUGCAGGACGAUGCAGAGAAACCUGCUCCAGACGCUGCAGAGAAACCUCCUUCAGACGGUGGACAGGAAGCAUCUGCGGCUCCUACAGAACAAAGUGAGGUUCUGGCAGCGUCCGAAUCUACAGCCCAGAUAACAGAACCUCCGUCGGAGGCUGUGGUGGAACCUGCAGAGCCCGUCAAGCCAAAGAAGAACAGACUGGCCAUGCUGAGGGAGCUCGGGCUGGACCCCCCGCCUGUGGCCAAGCUGUGUCCUGAUGAUGGAGUUUUCAUUGAGCUCGAGCCGCCGCAGCUCAACCCUGGAGUGGAAGCGCUGAAGGAGCGCUACCUCCGUCACGUUAAGGCCCCCCCGCGGCCCCACGGAGAGCGGACCAUGCAGCUCAGCAUCAUCCGCAAGGACAGCGCCCCCUCUGGCCAGGAGGAGCUGCGGGCCGAGUCGCUCACCGUCACCGUUAAAGAGGGCGCCGAAGAGCCAGCGCCCACCAAACCAGGGGAGAAGCUGCUGACGCUGAAGCAGCGCCUGCAGCUCGCCAUGGCCCAGCGCAGGAAAGAGGAGCGGGCCCGCAAGGCCGAGCUGCAUCGCCUCGACAACGAGGACUGUGGGGAGGAGGAAGAGGAGGAGGAAGACAUGACGGAUGAGUCGGCGGAUGAAGAGGGUGUGGAGGACCUGCUGGGAGGUGGUGACGCCGAGGAGGAGGAGGAGGGCAGCGUGGUGCAGAGCGUCAGGAGCAUGUCUCCUGCAGCACCAACCCCUGACCUGGUCAACACGGACGGGACUCUGAUGCUGUUCCCGGGCAGCUCCUGCUCACGCACCGGCGACGGCGUCCGAAAGUCUGCUCCUGCUGGACCCGACGGCAGCAAUAAGAUGGAGGAGGACGACUCUCUGUCCCUGGUGAAGGACAACAGUCACAACAGCAGCUUCGAGCUGGCCGGGUCCAUGAUCACCUCGUACCAGCCCGUCAGCCACCAGCGCUCCGCGGGGAGGAGCGUGUCCAACUCCUCCACGUUCCGCUCGCCCUCGCCCUGCCUCUUCAGGCCCAGCUUCCUCGGCUCCGCCUCCAAGAGUUCAGGUAAACUAUCGGAGCGAUCCCUCUGCCUCCCCGUGGAGGACUCCCAGGACCUGUACGCCGACUCGGAGCUGCUGGGGAGACUGGCCCCCGGCCCCGGCCUGGGCGGAGACUCCCAGGGCCGCUUCUCCCUGGAGGACGACGCCCAGUCGCAGCUGCUGGACGCCGACGGCUUCCUGAACGUGGGGCCGCGGGCCGGAGGGCCGCCCUCCCACAAGAGGCAGCUGAUGCUGGACAACCUGGACGAGAACGCCAUGGACGCCAACAUGGGGGAGCUGCUGGGGCUCUGCUCGGGCGCGUUCGGGUCGGGGGAGAGCAGCUCCGGCCGGGGCGGCGGCCUCGGGGCCACGCAGGAGGACGAGCUGCUCGGCAUGUGUUCGGGAGCGUUCCCAGCGACGCAGGCGGGGGAGGAGCAGAGAGGGGAGACCAAGGAGGAGCAGGAUGAAGACUCCAGCAGCACCAUGGAUCAGCUGCUGGGGCUCUGCUCCGGCCAGUUCCCCAGCCCAGGCUCUGCUCCCUCAGCUUCACCAGCAAAGGACCGUAAAAGGAAACCAGAGGAGGAGGAGGAGGAGGAGGAACAGGAGCAGCAUGAGGAGGACGAGGACUGCGAGUUCCACCUUCUCUCAGAUGUAGAAAGUGUUCAGGUAGAGGAGGAUGAUGGGGAUGAGGAGGAAGAGGAGGCCAGCGACGAAGAGAACGAUGAUGUGGAGGAGGAGGAGAUGCAGGCCGUGUUUGCUCCCCAGCGGAGCAAGAAAAAGAAGAUGAGACUGAUGGAGUACGUGGACUCGGAGGCCGAGCUGUCGGGGAGCGAUGACGGCAGCGACGACGAAGACGACGGCAGGGGGAGCGAGUACGAGGAAGAGGAGCUGCUGGAGGAGCUGCCGUCUGACGAGGAGCUGCAGGACCAGGUCAACAAGAUCCACAUGAAGCAGGUCCUGGACGAAGACAAACGCCGCCUGAGGCUGUACCAGGAGCGUUACCUGGCCGACGGGGACUUGCACUCUGACGGCCCUGGACGAGCUCGCCGCUUCCGCUGGAAAAAUAUCGAUGAUGGGUUAAUGAUGGACGCUCCGGGAGAAGAGGGGGAGGACGAUGGAGAGGAGGACGACGUGGACCCCGCUGAGGUCCAGAGGAGGAAGGACCGUCUGGAGAGGGAACAGUGGCUCAGAGAGCAGUCUGAACAGAAAGCCAAGAAAGGAGAAGAGCUUGACGCAGAUGAUGAGAAGAUCGAUGAGGAAGAUAGUCAGUUCAUGAAGGUGGCAAAGAAACUGACCGCCAGAGCUCUGCAGAGGAAAGAAACUCCUGCAGCUCCACAACCAGAGAAGAAGACGACAUCAGCUCUGAACCCCUUCCAGAGACCCUCACAACCUGUCCAGGUGAGGAGGGGCUCCCUGCUCAGCCAGCCUCCGUCCGUCCUGAAGAAGCUGGCCUCCAUCUCAGAGGGGAAUCCUCUGGCUCCCAGAAACACCCGCAGCUUCCUGUUCCAGACGCUGUCCCCCGAGAAGGUUACCGUGACAUCAGCGGCUCCACAGAAACAGGCGGUGAAGAAGAGGAGUCAGGUGGAGGCGGCGAACCCCACAGCGAAGAGGAUCUGCAGAGAGAACAAGCCGGCGGGGCAGACGAAGAGCUGCCAGAAGAGCAUCUUCAGCUUCCUGGACCACUGAGGAGGGGCUUCAGUGGUCCGACUCCGCAGACCAUGUAAUCAACUCCGACCUGAUCCGUUUUAUCCUGUAAAUGAUUGAUUUUUAAUCUGUGUACUACGAUGGUCGUCUAUUUGUCCUAAAGUGUAAAUAAAAGUGUAUUUUAAGA